AUGGCGGGAGAACCCUCGAAGCGCGAUCAGAACCUUUAUUGCCAAUACCACCAAGACCAUGGCCACACUAUAGAGAACUGCAAGAACCUCUGGAACCACCUAGACCAACUGGUCCAGGAAGGGAAGCUGAAACACCUUCUGCAUCAUUCCAGUGGUCAUCAAAGCCAUCAAGAGGCCAGAAGGGAUGCUGCCCUAAGGCCACCUGCGGGAACGAUCAGCGUAAUCGUGGUCGUGCCAGGGAGAACGGGCAUGCGCCUUGCACGAGUGUUAUUGAUGGCUCAACUGCCCGCCAAGGAGUCCCAACCAGGGCUGAAGAGGGCCAGGAUGAGCUUUUGUCCCAUUUUGAGCUUUUCAGAGGAAGAUAAGAUCGGGACCAUCCAACCCCAUGACGAUGCACUGCUAAUCACCCUCCAAAUCGGGGACUACGAUGUGAAAAGAGUAAUGGUGGAUGGCGGCAGUGCGGCUGAGGUUAUGUACCUUGACCUAUAUAAGGGGUUGAGGUUAAAGCCGGAGGACUUGAUGCCUUACAACUCCCCUCUGAUGAGCUUCGACAGGAAGCUUAUCACUCCAAUGGGCAUGAUUAGGCUGCCCAUCCGGAUCGGCCCGAAAAUAGUGGAGGUGAACUUCAUCGUGGUGGACACCUACUCUCCCUAUACAGCUAUUGUCGGUAGGCCUUGGCUCCAUACCCUACGGGUUGUUACUUCCUCGUUGCACCAAAAGGUGAAGGUCCCGUCAGGAAAACAAGUCCUGGAAAUCCAUGGUUGCCAACCCACAGCGAGGCAAUGCGUGGUAGCAGUCAUCUCACAUCAGCUCGACGCGGAGUCCUUGGCCUCCGCCGAAGAAAAUUUAUAG